AUGUCUGAAGGAACAGAUACUAUAUGUAUUGCUAAUUGUCUGUACUUAGUUUGUCUUCUCACCAUUGUUCCAGAGGUAGAAAUAAUUAUGUUAAUGCUUUCCUCAUCUUAUCUGAUUCAGUUACUAUUGUCGUAUUCUGCAUCAACUGUUAAACGAGUUUCUUUGGAGUUGGGAGGAAAUGCUCCAUUCAUUGUGUUCAAUUCUGCCAAACUUCAGCUUGCUGUUUCUGGUGUCAUGGCAUCAAAGUUUCGAAAUUCUGGGCAGACUUGCGUAUGCACAAAUAGAAUUUUAGUGCAAGAUGGAAUUCAUGAUGAAUUUGUUUUUGAGUUAUCUAAAGCUAUGAAACAACUGACUGUAGGAAAUGGAAUGCUUCCGGAUGUAAAUAUUGGGCCACUAAUUAAUGAACAAGCUGUAGAAAAGGUAAAUAUGCAUGUACAGGAUGCACUAGGAAAGGGAGCAAAAUUAGUUUUAGGAGGAAAGAUUCAUUCAUGUGGUAAAACAUUCUAUGAACCAACACUGCUUACCAAUAUUAGCCGAGAUAUGCUUAUGUGUAAAGAGGAAACAUUCGGGCCUGUUGCAGCUGUUAUGAAGUUUCAUUCUGAAGAAGAAGCAAUAGGGAUUGCAAAUGAUACGAAGGCAGGAUUAGCUAGUUACUUUUACUCGGAAGACUUUGCUCAGAUAAUGAGAGUUUCUAGAUGCCUUGAAAAUGGUAUGGUUGGUGUAAAUGAAGGCAUAAUAUCUACUGCAGAGGCUGCAUUUGGUGGUAUAAAAGAAUCUGGGAUGGGAAGAGAAGGUUCUCGUUAUGGUAUUGAUGAAUACGUAUAUAUGAAGUAUAUUUGUCUUGGUGGAUUGAACUGAAUUUAUUGAUCCACAUCUCUCUCUGGGUUUCCAAGUUUCUGUAGAUCGCUGAAUUUAAUUUACAAUGAAAAAAUAUGUACUCUGUGUUUUGAAAAGUAUACACAUAUAAAUUUUGAUGUGUCUGAUGAUAGCAACUGUAUUCUUAUAGGCAUGCAGAGAGAUGUAUUUUUUGUAAUUAUGGCAUUUAAAAACAAUAACACUUUCUUCUCAGAUUCUAAAAUAUGCAUUUAAAUUUUUUAAUUCAAAAAUUUAUCUAAUUUUAAAUUUAUCAAUCAUAUAUUGCAGCUAGAAAAUUAAAGUAUGUGUUUUAGAAUCUUGGUGGAAAACAUUUUUAGUGACUUGUGUUCCUGAUUUUUAGUAUUGUUAUAUUUGUUAUAUUUAUAAGCUUUCCAAGAACUGCUGUUUAAUUUUACAAUGUACACAAAUUGCAUUCUUCAGUGCAUUCGUAUAAAUGUAUGAGUCUUUUAAUGCUAAUAAAAUAAUUUUGAUAUAGUAUAUUUGCACAGGAAGUUAUUUAAACUGAUUUGUUUAGUUGGUUAUAUUUCAUGUUAUUAUUAGAAUAUUAUCAAUUGUUAUUGAGACUUUUGAGAUUUAUAUUUUUAUGAGUUGAAAAUAAUCAGUUAUAUAUAAUCAAUAAGCCCUUGGAUUUCUUACUUUCUGGAUAAAACAAACUUCAUUUUCUUUUAUUCACUCACUAGUUUGUUAACUAGUGUCAAAAAUUAUAUUUCAGAAUUGUGAAGUCUUUUAUGCACUGAAUAGCAUUAAUUAAUCACACAUUUCUUUUAACCUAUUUAUAAGCAUUUCCUGUGACAUAAAGUGCAUGAAUAAGUAUUCAAAAUUUCAGUAAUGGUGUGUAUGUGUGUGGACAAUUUAGAAUUGAUUCAAAUAGAAUAGAAACAAAAUUAAUUCAUCAAAAGUGCGUCUUUUGCUGCAGUUAGUGCAAAAAUAAAGAAAUGUCAGAAAUUUAAAUUAAAUUCGCAACUUCAAGAAGAGAAAAUUAAAGGAAUUUUUUCCUUAGUGAGAAAAUUAAAACAAAAAGUUCUUAAUAAUCUGAGGAGUGGAUUUAGAUAUGUUUUUGAGGUUAUCUUCAGAAGUAGCCACAUAAAUAAUCAAAACAAUGCUUCUUAUUCCAGCCCUGCACGAACUUUAUUUAAUAACCAAGAUUUAAAAUAAAAAUUAGGUUUAUACAGCAACAACUUUUAUCAUAGAUCACAUUCAAAGUUUGAAAUGCAUCAGCAUGGUGGCAGGGGGAAAAUCAACAUAGCUAGCAAAGAAAAUGCCAUAUAUGGUGGUCGGAAAAAGCAUAAGCACUCUCAAAAAGUCAUUGGCUACCACGCUGGAAUAGUUCCAGCUGUGGAUGUGAUUUUUGUCGAAAGUAACUUUUGUUGAGUUAAUUUCUGUUUCAGAUUUUCAUAAUUAAGGUAAGUUCAUCCACAGUCAGGAUUAGAAAUGUGGUUUUGAUUUUUAAUGACUUUUGUGGCUGCUCAUUCAUAAUGAACAUAAAAGCAUAUCAAAAUCCAUUUUUGAUUUGUCCUUUCCCUCUCUCUCUCUCUGUCUAUACACACACACACCAUUUUAUUGAUAGAAAGUCUUUAGCUCUAUAUUUUGUUUUUGAAAAAAAUAGCACUUUAACAUUCUCAUGUAUGGAUUCUUGAGAUUCUUGUGAAUCAAAGUUGUAUUUCUAUGAAUUUCAGUCGUAAUAAUUUUUGUAACUUCAUGUUUCUAAUGGUGCUAGAAUAAUAUUCAGAAAAAUGAUGAAAUACAGAUGGAAAAUUCUUUAAGCUGUAUGGUAGAGCAGCUCCCCUUAAAAUUGUUUUAUGUGCAUAUUUUAUGAACUUUUUAUUAUAUUUUUCAUUUAAUAUCUCGAUUUUUUAUUGAGUUGGCAUAUGAAAAGACUAUGUUUUUUUCUGAAUUGGGGAGAAAACACCAGCGAUGUAAAUAUACAUCUUACUGUUUUUAAUAAACUUCUUCAUUAUUUUCUGAAUAAAACUUUAAUUUUAGUAACAAAUUCAAAAUUAUGUCUAAUUUCAAUUAAUUUUCUUAUUAUUUUCUGUUUUUCUGAUAGACACAUUGGCUUAGAUUUGCAUGGCAUAGCUAAAAUUAUUGAAGUUAGAGGGAAAUAUUUGUGCUUUCCUUUUUACAUAUUAAUUGGCAAUAUUUGCUAACUUCAUAAUGCAAUUAACUUGUUCAUAAUUAUUAGCAUAAUUGUGCCUCCCAGAGUCUUCCAGAAGGAGUCCAGGCUUCCAAAGUUUUCUUUUCUGUAAGAGAACAUGUAUUGAAAUUUAGUAAUAGUCCAUGAAAUGGUUUUUUCUGUCUUCUAUUAAAGAUAUUUAAUGUGAUUGAUUACUUACAUUUUGCAAGUAAUGAAAAAUUUGUUGUAAUGUUAUUUUUUGAGUUUAUUGCAUGCAAAAUUGGAAUUCUGAUUAUUCUUGUGCUUUAGCCAUUAAUUCUUGAGUAAAGUAAGAAAAAUAAUAAAAAAAAGGCAUAGAAUAAUAAAUAAAUGAAAAGAAGUCUAUGAAUAAGCUAUCACGUUGUUACAUUGCAACUACAAGUAUUAAAGUAUCUAGUAAGAUACAUAUAAAUGAAUAUAUAUUACUAGAUAUUGAUACCUGUAUAUAUACAUGCACGCUCAUACACAAUGUAUACUGUGUACAUAUAUAUGCAAGAUAUGGGAUAAUAUAUGUGAAUUUUUGUAUAAAAACUACAAUAUGAUUUAUUAAAUGUUUUUUUCAUUUUAAGAAAUGUAUAUUGAGUCAAAUAAAAGUGGAUACUUUUCUCAGUUAAA